AUGUUCCACCCGGUCCCAGAGUCAUGCCAUAUCACCUGCAAAGCUGGCGGGAAGUACAAUAUGUCUAGUCCAUUCAUAUACGUUGGCGGCAAACAGAGUGCAACAAAAGAGUCGAAAAGCACCUGCGACCUUCAGGAGGAGAAGAAGGCCCUCGCCAAUUCGCUACCUGCUUCAGUCCAUGAACAUGACAAUAUCGAGGCCAUCGACACGAGCACGACCACCAAUGCCCACAGCACCCAAAAGUCGGCAAGACUGACAGAUAUACCUGGCAAGUCGAGCACAUCCUCUGUAACGAAAGAGUUGGAGAGCACAUGCCAUGCCAAUAACUAUGAGGAUCAAGUCGGUCCGCUGCCGACUGCGAUUGGCAGCACAGACACAGCUGGGACCGUCAACCCACAAAAGAUCAUUAUUGACGAGAGUACCUCGGAGGCGAUGGUGUUCACUAAUUCCCUCGGCCUCUGCGCUCCGCCAAUGCAUGGAUGGUGA